AUGAAAACCAUCGUCUUUCUUAUGUUCCUAGAAAUUGCUGGGGCUUUCCCCACAAUUGGUGAUGACCAGGAUGACAAGAUUGUUGGGGGCUAUGUCUGCCGCCAGAGGAAACCCUACCAGGUGUCCCUGCAAGUGGGUACGCGGCACGUGUGUGGGGGUUCCCUCAUCAGCCGCCAGUGGGUGCUCUCUGCCGCUCAUUGCUACAAACCAAGCUUCCGGGUAAGACUGGGUGAGCACAACCUCGCUGUCUCUGAGAGGACUGAGCAGACCAUCAACUCGGUGAAGGUCAUCCGGUACCCCAGUUACAACAGGAAAACCUUGGAGCACGACAUCAUGCUGAUUAAGCUGGCCAAGCCAGCCGUCCUCACCAAGAGCGUGAGAACCAUCACCCUGCCCAGAACCUGCCCCAGGAGUGGCACACAGUGCCUGAUCUCCGGCUGGGGCAGCACCAGGCCAUCAGGAUCCAACAUCUCGAACUUUCUGCGAUGCCUGGUGGCCCCAGUGCUGCCCAACCUGACCUGCCGCCGAGCCUACCCUGGCCAAAUCUACAGCAGCAUGAUGUGCCUGGGCUUCCUGCAGGGCGGGAAGGACUCCUGCAAGGGCGACUCGGGGGGCCCCGUGGUCUGCAAUGGCUAUGUGCAUGGCAUUGUUUCCUGGGGUGAAGGCUGUGCCCGGAAAGGCAAACCUGGCGUCUACACCCAAGUCUGCAGAUACCUCUCUUGGAUCCGCAAGACCAUGGCGGCCAACUGA